AUGAGCAUCACUGCCCAGCUGCUGGGCUCCCACCGCCUUUCGGUGGCUCCCUCUCUCCACAUAUUUUAUGAGGGCUCUCGGCUUCUCAUUAAUGCGGGGGAAAAUGUGCAAAGCAACCAUUUGGAGAUUAACUACAGACUCAUGGGGCCCCCCGAGGCCCCCCCGUCUCUUCUGGGCGAGCGCUACUGUACAGACGGAGUCUGCAGGGGUGUCUGCCGCCGGCGUGGCAGCGCAGGCAGCAGCAGCAGCAGCAGCAGCAGCAGCAGCAGCAGCAAGGGGCCCCGCACUUGUGCGUGCUCCUAUGGCCCCUCGGUGAAGGGCACAGCCAGCGGCAUCCCUGUGGAGGCCUUCUACCUGCCCCACAGCAGCAGGCAGCAGCAGCAGCAGCACGAAGAUAACCCUCUCUUGAGCAGCAGCAGCAGCAGCACUAGCACCACCGGCAGCAACAGCAGCGGCAAUAACAACUACGGCGACACAUAUGAGCCAACAACAGCAGCAGCAGCAGCAGCGGCAGCAGCUUCCAGCCCUACUGCUGCAGAAAAAAAUGGCAGCAUAAAAAGGCGGAAACUUGAAGAGGAGGUGAGGACCUGCUGCAGUCGCCACUGCUGCAGCAGCUGCUGCUGCUGCUGCACUUUUGCUGCUGCCGGUGCCAUAGGUUCACCCUGUUGGCAACCAUGUGGCUGCUGCUGCUGCUCUUAG